CAUAAAUGGCUUAUUGUAAGUAUGAGUAAAUUUAUCCUCUUUCUGAAAAAAAACAACUCUAACAUCGUCUAAAAUCAGCCUUGAUUAUCCGCUAAAUUAAGAACCCUAGUUAGCAUAUAAUACUGCCAAUGGUACAAGUGACAGCAGAGAUGACAUGCAAAUUUGGUCGCGCGAUGCCCGUCAUGCCAGGAUAGCGAAAAGCCCUUAAACGGCUAAUAGCAAACGAGGAUAAACGCUACCAAAAUAGCUUCGGCACAUGAGACCGGAAGCUGCGUUCUAUUCGAUUGCAUUCCGAAGGGUGGUUGUCAGUGUUGUCUGGUCGGUUGAUUUUUCGAAUCAUGCAACCAAACUCGGCCCUUCCGGUCGUUUGCGUUUAAUGUUUCAACCGUCAUGUUCUGUCGCGUAUUGUGUUGUUGCGUGUUCGACAACAUCAUUCGGGUCAGUUUCGUGUUUUGUCAUGUCAAGCGAUCGGAAACACGCAUUGGUAGUGUCGUGGACUAGUUCGCUACCAAAACUGAAAUACGAUACCAAUACUAUCAAUAUCGGGGAAUAAUAGAACAAACAAACAUUUCUAUAUAUAAGCAUUUGCUUUUUUGAUAAUAUAAAAUAUUGUGUUGAACUGAUAUACCGAAAUAUAUUUUGAUCGUUUAAAUGAUGUUGAUGAUGUGAUUAAUUGUGUUAUAAUGCAAUACAAUAAAUGAAAACAGUAUAGUACUUCACACGGUCAAAUAUUAUUUUUUUCAGUUCAUGUAUUUCUUACAAAAAUGACCAGCAGCUCUUGACGCUUUGGCGGUAAGGUAAUCUUUAACCUCUUAAAUUUCAUCAUUCCGACGCAUUCGUUGUAGAGCAAAAAAGGUUAAACUUCCUAUAACCAAACUUUUUAACCUUCGUUCAGGACGAAUCUUUGUUGAAUGUUUCUUCGUCGGUAAGUUUUUGUACGGAGCUAUAAAUCAAGGAUGAGCCUUGGAUCCUUUUACGCUCCCAGGAGCGUAAGCCGGAACGUUCUGUCCUACGUGGGACUACCUUCAUGGGGUGAAUCUAUUUUAUGAGCAGUUUGAAGAGGGCAAAAGUUUAGAAAUAUUUCAUAUAGUUUGCGUGAUGCGAAGGGCAUUGCGCAAUAUUCGCAAUCAGAUCGAUGAAAAUGGGUUUCGGUAGCGAAUUGCAAACCAAAACCGUGACAAGCGUGACUUCCGACGCUUCUAGGCUAGGUGUUUUACCUCCUUUACCUCAAUGUUUACCAUUAUGCAAAUUAUCAGAGAACUUGUUCCGGCGAGGAAUCCAAUCGUCCAACCGGGCUGGCAAUGGAGACCAUACACCAGUGACAACAACAGUACAGGAUUUUGAUUUCAGCUUCAGAAGCAAUUUCUAACCUGAACCUGGUGAUUUUGGGGAAAGGUUAAAACGAAUAUGCAAAUCAAAACUAUAAAUUCAAUUCAGGUAAACGAUCAUUCGGUUUGUGUGAAAGUACAUUCUAAAUAGUUUAACGAAGGUCCAUCACCAUGUUUGAUGGACAAUAUCGAUUCGAAUUAUCAAAUGUUGUGGAUAGCAGUUUGAUUUGAAGUUAAACGAGUUUCAAUUAAUGUAAAAUACUCGUUGGCUGUUUUUUGCCUUUACUGUUGCCAUUUGAUGCUGAAUAUUGCUUUUCAUAAAAAAAUAAUAAUGUGAACAUAUUGGAUGUGAUAUACACAAAAACUAAAAACAAACAAAAUACGUUUAGAGCUGAUAACGAUGAGCAAAUACAGAUUUCGAGGUGCGCUAUGUACACUAUGCGUAUGCGAAAUCCGCACGGAUAGUAUCCGAGGACAAGGUUUCAGGCCGACACAUUGCGCUAGCCUCAACCACGCUAUCGGAAUAAGAAAAUGUGAUGAAGCAAACUGCAAGCAAUCAAUUAUUCACGGAGAGUUGUGGAUUAUGGAACCAGGAAGCAUAAAAAAUGUAUGCUUUCCAAGCAGUCUGACUGACAGGAGGGUUUACUGUUCUUAUCAUCCGCACACUGGCAGCAAGUAUUGCUUGUGUGUAGAUUGUAAAAGAUUGGAAGAUAGUUUACAUGUAUGUGUUGGGUUGGACUAUGCAUUACACAGUCGCGUAGUGCACACCGCCUCGCAUGAUGGUACAAUUUGUGCCCUGUCUUCUCAUCUCUUCGGGAUGGCACUUUCUUCACCUGGGGCGGUGAGUCAACAAAUGACACGGCUUGGCAACUUUCGUCUGUCGUGAGUUUUGCGAUUACUUACAGGUCGUAGAAUUGGGGUCGUGUGUAAGGCUGUAGCAGUGUACCGGAAAAGUAAUCCGUUAGCCUGAAAUGCGAAAAAAACCCUGCAAAAACAGGUUUUUAAAGAUGUGCAAAUCCUCCAGCUGAUGUUGCUUUAGCUAAUGUUUUUGUUUACAAAUAUGUAGCUUGCUCAAAUACAUGAAUGAACAACUCUGCAAUAGAAUUAAUCAUAAUACUUCAAUUGUAAAAUUUAGUUUCAGUUAGUAAUUUAAGUAGUAAAUGUGUGCGGCGACUGUGGAAAAGUAUAUGUAUAUCUACUUUCUUAAAGUAAUGUCAACAUACAUUAGCGUUCAAGGGUUAAGCCAAACAAUAGAAAAGAAGGGAAUUUUUCCUGGACACCCUCAGUCUGCACUGGAUUGGAAAAUAUCCUUUCAUCUGUUGUUUUCAAACGGCGGAUUCGGCAUACACUGCGCAGACUCAAAUCGUCUCGUAUUUAUCAUUCCUAGUCAGUGAGCGCAGAGAAUAGGAAGGACGAACAGAGAAGAGCAAUACAGAUUGAGUAAGAGUGAGAGAGAGAGAGAGAGAGAGAGAGAGAGCGCGCGGGUGCCUGCCAAAACAACGCAUAUCGUGAGAGAUAGAGAAGAUAGCAAAACAAAAAUCCUUCAACAUUCGUGCACCAUCAUCACUACUACAUACCUAUGGAUAGGUAGCGCGGUGCCCAGACGUAGCCACAGGACGAAUGAACGAAAUUUUCCACCGGCGGAGUCCUUCGCUGCUUGUGGGGUGGCUCCAUCAGAGAGCCGAGAGAAUGUUUGGCCUUGCGUUCGGGAGGGUUGGAUCCCUAGUAUAGAGGUUGUUUUUUUAUUUUCUCUGUAGUAUCCUGAAGUACGAAGUUGCGCUCGACUGAUGGUGGUAGGAAUUUUCACCUUUCGGUAUCGCACAUUAGUCGAGUACAGUGAGUAGCUUGGUAUGCACGGGACGGUUCGUCGUUGCUGUUGCUUGCAGCACGUCACGCGAUUUUACCGGUACGGGUGUUUUCACGGCGACAGUCAAAUGGAACGUUAAAUUCGAUCACCAUCUUUGUUGUAAGCAGGGUGUAAUUUGUUGAGCCAUUUUCGUUUAGAAAAAGUGCUUUCUUUGGUAGAAAGAGCAGCGUGAAAAACUCGCCCUUAUAACGACCGAAAGUAUGGAUUAUUUGAUAAAUUAAUUGUAUAAAAGAAGAAAAGAGUUAAACAAAAUUGUGUGAGUGUGUGGUGAUUGAAAUUAAUGUCCAAUGGAAUAUUGGCACGAAGCCCAGGCGUAAGGGUGAAGAAUUCAUCUGCCUGGAAAGGAGUGGAUUAUGUGUACAGUUCGAUGUUACACCGAACAAGCAUUAAUGCAAGGAAAUAGAGGAUACUGUGAUUCGCAAACGAUGAGGAAGAUCGGCAUUGAACCGUUUCACCAUUGGCUAGCGCUUUUGCGAAAACGGAGAUUUACCGACGGGAUUGGCAAACGCGGCCUAGGCACAUUCACCACCAUCGGACUUCAACUACUUCUGGUGUUGCAUGCUGUCGAAGCUCUUCAAAAUCCACGUAUUAUAGAGCAUCCAAUCGACACCACCGUGCCACGCCAUGAGCCUGCCACACUCAACUGUAAAGCGGAAGGGAUACCCCAGCCGACUAUUCAGUGGUACAAGGACGGCGCACCAUUGAAGAUACUCCAGGGAUCGCACCGGAUAGCACUACCAGCCGGUGGUUUGUUUUUUCUUAAGGUUGUAAAUUCGCGGAGAGAAAGCGACGCAGGGGUGUACUGGUGUGAGGCACGGAACGAGAACGGAAUUGCCAGAAGUAGGAACGCUACCCUACAAGUAGCAGUAUUGCGAGAAGAGUUUCGACUUGAGCCCCAGCAUACACGCGUAGCACAGGGGGAAACAGUGCUACUAGAAUGCGGCCCACCGAAAGGAAUUCCGGAGCCGACGUUGUGGUGGCGAAAAAAUGGUCAAAAACUAGAAGUUGAAGCUUCGAAACGCAUUCGUAUUGUCGAUGGAGGUAAUUUAGCAAUUCAGGAUGUACGCCAAACUGACGAAGGACAAUACCAAUGCAUUGCAAAAAAUUUGGUUGGCGUACGGGAAUCAGCAACGGCUUUUCUCAAAGUUCAUGUAAAACCAUUUCUGAUACGAGGACCGCAUGAUCAAACUGUCGUCGAAGGUACGUCUGUAACAUUUCAAUGUCGAGUAGGUGGGGAUCCGAUGCCAGAUGUACUAUGGCGUCGAUCGGCAUCAGGAGGCAACAUGCCAUUAAAUCGAGUGCAUAUCCUGGAGGACAGGAGUCUACGGUUGGAGGAUGUAGUUCUGGAUGAUGAGGGAGAGUAUAGCUGUGAGGCUGAUAAUGCUGUCGGAGCCAUCUCAGCCACUGGCACAUUGACCGUCCAUUCUCCUCCCCAUCUUUCGAUAAGACCAGUCCCACAGGUAGUAGAAGCACCGCACGAUGUUUCGUUCGAAUGUAAAUCAGAAGGCAGACCAAAGCCAACUACAUUUUGGUCCAUAGAAGGUAACAGAACACUGAUCUUUCCCGGCACGUCCAUCGAUCGAUUCGAGACUACAUACACACAGGAAAGUCUCACCGUCUUGACGCUUACUCAAACUACAAAAUCUGAUAACGGUCUUGUGAUCGUUUGUAGUGCCGUAAACAGUGUCGGAUCUGUCAGUGUUCGAGCCCGCUUGAUGGUAGCUUCACAGGAUGAUCGACCCCCUCCAAUCAUUAUUCUUGGUCCUACAAACCAAACUCUUCCCUCAAAGUCGACAGUAUCGAUGGCUUGCAAUGCGGUUGGUAAUCCUAAUCCGUUCAUUUCUUGGUACCUGGAUGGUAAUCCGGUCGUACCAUCGGAACGAAUUAAUAUAACGGAAAAUGGAACGCUCUUAUUACGAGAGCUUGAGAAAGGAACCGAUCAAGGGCUCUACACGUGCGUAGCCAGCAGCCGCAGUGGGAAAUCUACGUGGAGUGCGUUCCUGCGCGUUGAGUCACCCACGAAUCCGAAUGUUAACUUUUAUCGGGCACCUGAACCAUCCGAAUUCCCAAGUGCCCCGGGAAAGCCCCAAAUUGUUAACAUUAGCAACAGCUCCAUUACCAUCUCUUGGCUGCCCAGCAUCAAGUCCGGUGCUUCCGAUAUCAAUGGUUACCUGAUUGAAGUAUUUUCAAGUGAUAUGGCCAAAGGGUGGACCACAGUCCCGUUCAAGGUUUCGUCCACGAGCUACAGUUAUUCUCCGAUUUCUCCAAACGUCAGUUACAUUUUUAUCGUUCGAGCAGAAAAUGACCAGGGACUUGGUAUUCCGAGCCUCAUGUCCGAUCCGGUUUCCAUUGGAAGAGAAUUCAAUCAUGGAGAAGACAUCAAUCUCAGUGAAGCGCAAGCAACACUUUCGUCAGGGCAGGUGGUCAACCUCCUUGAAGCUAAUGCAACCGAUGCUACCAGUGUGCGACUGGCGUGGGAGAUUGUUAACGGGCAGUAUGUGGAAGGGUUCUAUAUUUACUCGCGCAAGGUAAACUCCAACGGAACGUAUCGCACUUUGACAGUUUUACAUGGUGGGGGUGCUUCUGCUUGUACGAUAAAUGGAUUAGAAAAGUUUACCGAGUAUGAGUUUUUCCUUGUACCAUUCUACAAAACAAUCCAAGGACGUCCCUCGAAUUCUAGAUCAACGUGCACUUUAGAGGAUGUUCCGACGGCAUCACCAGUAAAUCUGGAAGCAGUUCUACUGAAUACCUCAGCAGUUUACCUCAAGUGGGAACCGCCGAGUAACAGCACGAUAAAUGGAAAAUUGAAACACUAUCACAUCAUCAUCAGAGGUUACGACGUUCACAACAUAUCCAAAGUUCUUACCAAUAUGACUGUCGACGGAGAAGCACCAAAGUUACUGCUGGCUAAUCUGUCUGCUGGUGUAACGUAUUCUGUCAGUAUUGCAGCGUCGACAAAGGUCGGAAUUGGUCCAUACAGCAUUCCUUCGAUUUUAAGGCUAGACCCUCACACUAGGCGGCUUGAUCAUGGGUACACAAGAUAUCCAAUAAACCAUGACUACUCACACGAUAUACUCACGCAAACAUGGUUUAUAAUUCUGCUCGGUUCCAUCAUUGCCAUUAUCGUCUUUUUGUUCGGUGCCAUCAUUAUUUUCCGCAGGAUACAAUUUAUGAAACACAGCUCGUUGAACAAUAUGCACGGUAAUCACGCUAUCGGAACAGUCCGAAAGUUUCCUACUCUACCACUGAAUCCUAAUGGUGUGUGGAUCGACCCGGGAGGUGGAGUUUGGCGACAAGCGAGUGACAUUACUAAGGAAGUCAUCACCGACUAUGCUCAGGUUUCUGCCGCCCCAACACUUCCACUUCCAGAUUAUGAAAGACUGUCCCCGCUGAAUAUGCCUGACUACGCGGAAGUGGCCGGGUGUUCAUCAUUCAAAAACGAUCUGGGACAAUCGGACCCUUGCUAUGACAACUACGGGGCUUACGCUUCAACCACGCUGGUAGGCCGCUCGGUGCAACUGUACGCCCAAAACCAAUUCGAUGGCAAAAAUGUCUACUCAGCGCCCACCGUUGUUACGGCCGCGGCAGCGUCCGGUGGAUGUCACUACAAUAAUUUCAUAAAUCAACAACAUCAACAGCGCCACCAGCAGCAACUGCAAGCCCAGUACGGUCUCCAUGGACCCCAACAGAUGCAUGCUCAGAUACAGUCGCAACCGCAUCAGCAACAAAUCGGUGUGCACGAUAAAAGGGAGCGGGAUGCUAACGGACGCCCGAUCGGUGGUGGUGGUGGAGGUAGCAUAAAAAGCCAGAAAAUGAACAUCAUCGAAAAUCGGAUGGCCGACAUGUUGAACAAUUUGAAUCAAUGUUCAUCGUCGGGCCCUACGGCAAGCUAUAGCACCGGUGGUGGCAUGGGCUCGUCGUACGGUGGCUCAACGGUAAGUAAUCUCAACAGUGGAAGCCACUGUAGCCUACUUCCGGCGGGCCAACCGAUGGCAGCCUCGUCGACGCUGACAAUGGAUGUGAUGAACAGCAUGUCUGGUAGUGCGCCGGGUAGCGGUGGUGCAAUCGGUGGAGGUAGCAGCAGUGUACCCCAUACACCGCUUUUUGGCACGAUUAAACGAACGACCAAGUACAACAAAAUAGGCUACAAUAAGGAUAAUAAACUCAAUUUUGGCGAUAAUGGCCGAUCGGUCGAGCAGCCGUUGUUCGUCAAGUCCAAGUACGAUGGUACCUGGUCGUCCGUGCCGAGCUCGGUCACGAUGGCGUCAGCGGCCAGCAGCAACAUGAUUAAUAAUUCGCCAUAUCAACAGCAGCACCAGCAGCAACAGCAGCAACAGCAGCAACAGCAGCAACAGCAGCACCAGCAGCAGCAGCAGCAUCUUCCAGUUCCGCCCCUUUCGAGCACCAAUAGUAUCCAUCAACAGCAGCAGCUUUUGACAACAGUAGGCCCACCACACCCACCUCCUCCACAGCUUCCACCAAUUCAACAAGCGCCUUCAGUAGUUCAUCACUUUCCUUCGGGUCACCACCACCACUCAACUUCCGUUUCGUUGUUUCAUGGUGGUAAAGAAUCAUCCCGAUCGCCAUCCCGCGUUUCGCCGACUACGCACGGUCUGCAAACAAAUAAUUUAGAUAACCAUCCACCGCAGGAGUGCAACAAUGGAACCAACACAAUCACUAAUGGUCAGGAAGCUUCUAUUGGUUUCUCUGGGAACGCAAAUCAUCCGUUGCAACAAACACAUCAAUUAACUGGAGACACCAAUGUAGAGAAUGUAUAAAUUUGAGUACUUCUGUUUGUAGUGCCAUAAAAUAGUGGAAUUUUCUUUGAUCCUAGCUGUCACCAUUUUAUACUCAGAGCAGUGAAAUUUCUUUUGUUAAAUUGAAACCUUAUACUGUGUCAUUUAUGUUUUACUAAAACACACAAAAAGGAGUAAAAUAACAUUCAAACUAGGUUGUUUGAAGUACAAAAUAUUUUCAAAAAUAUUACCAUAGAUUUAAUAGAUUGACGAUUAUUUCAGUAAUCAUCAUAUUCCAGUAAUAUAACCAAUUACCCACGAAUCCAUUCAAAUUGAAUUAAAAUUAAUUGAUUAUCAAAAUUAAGUAUGAAUUAUCACUAAAUUGAACUUAAUUUUUCAUAACUUACUACACAUUCAAAGUUGACCGAUAAGAUUUAUAACGUACUUUGGCGAAACUGAAAUAAAACUAGUAAUAUUAACAAUACAUAGUUACAAUUACAUUGCUCUGAGAUAGAGAAUUGGCAUUUUGGAGAUUAUAAUAACUUGUUUAGUUUAUUUAAUUUACAUUAUUGAAGAAGACUUUAAAUCCACAUAAAGCUUGUAAAUAUUGCAAAUAUAUCUAUCAUACUAUGUGCAAUCUGACCAAUGCUUGAGUAUUUUCGAUACAUACAUUCUUUUGGGGUUUUAAAAUGUUUGUAGUUUUGCAACCCACUGGAACUAAAAUCAUGCCUCCUGAUAUAGUUUAAAUAGCCUGCUAAAACUGAAUAAAAUAGGACAUUUUCUCUUACAAACUCAUGAAAGAACAUCGCAACUAUCAAACGAUAUAUUUUCCCUACCAGCUUUCAUAAAGAUAAACAGUCAGUUGUGGAUCGAUGGUAGCGAAAACAUUAAAAAGAAACAUAUCGAAACACACUUAUCCUGGCCAACGCUUUGGCAGUUUGUUCGUUUGGCAGCGCGAUGACCAAAUUAUUUAACUGGUGUACCUACCAUGUUUAGCUAGUGUACAUAGCUGCUGCUAAUGCAAUAGAUUAGAACUGAAUGAACUGUACUGAAAUUACAUAAAACGUUUUUUUAACCAUUUCAACAAAAAACAUAAAUCUUUUGUUUAAAUUUAAGGUUUAAAAAUGUAAUAGGAAUGAUUACAACGGUAAAGUAUCCGCAAUCAUUCAGCAACCAAAUAAUGUUUUCGACUAUUAGAUAUAUUUUCGUUGUAUUUUCUUUUCCAAAAUAUUGUAGCUCUCUUUAGGUUUACACAUUUGAUUUUAAGCAACGAAAAUGAAAUCAAAUAGGAACACGAAUUAUGCCCCAUCCUAAUUCCAUGACGAUGAGUAUAUACCCUAUAGUUAUCAAAAUGAAGCGAGUAAACAAAAUCAUUUGACUGAUUAUCGUAAUUGACAAAUGGGUCGUAGGUCAUGAGACACACAAAUAAUUAUCCUGCCGCUGCAACGCAUUGCUAUUAUUAUCUGAUAGUUGUAGGGUAAUUACUUCCACACGUGUUUUUGUUUCGUUUCAAUAUGGAGAAGAAGUGUAAACAUAGGCAAAAGGAAUGGAUUGAUCGAUGGCGGAUGAAAAGUACAUAUUAAGAGCCAGUCGAAAUCGUAAAGAAAAGAGAAAGAUGAAUAAAAGAAAAUGAUGAUAUUUUGAACGAA